UCAUCAACAAACCCGCCUCUCAACCACCCUCCCGAGGCCCCCUCCCACCAUAUAGACCCUUCGUUCCGGCUAAACCGACCGGCGAACUUCUCCUCUCUUUGAACGAAUCCCUCUUUCCGUGACGAUUUCACUAGAAAAGUUCUUGUUUCUAUAGUUUUUCUUCUCCGCCUUGAUUCGUUGGUUCUUGUAAUUGUUCUACAAGCCACCCCUUUCUUAGUAUACGACUAGACACACUCUCACAAUGGUCAAGGAAACCAAGUUUUACGACGUUCUCGGGGUUGCCCCAACAGCCACAGAGGCUCAACUGAAGACCGCCUAUAAGAAGGGCGCUCUCAAAUAUCACCCUGACAAGAACGCAAACAACCCCGAUGCCGCUGAAAAGUUCAAGGAGCUUUCCCGUGCCUACGAAAUUCUCUCCGAUUCCCAGAAGCGUUCUCUCUACGACCAGCUCGGUGAGGAAGGUCUUGAAAAUGGUGGUGGCGCCGGUGGAAUGGGUGCAGAGGAUCUCUUUGCCCAGUUCUUCGGCGGUGGCGGCGGCUUUGGAGGUAUGUUCGGUGGUGGUAUGCGGGAGCAGGGCCCCAAGAAGGCCCGCACCAUCCACCACGUUCACAAGGUCAACUUGGAGGAUAUCUACCGCGGAAAGGUUUCGAAAUUGGCUCUGCAGAAGUCUGUCAUUUGCCCUGGCUGUGAUGGUCGUGGUGGUAAGGAAGGUGCCGUCAAGUCCUGUGGCGGCUGCAAUGGUUCCGGUAUGAAGACUAUGAUGCGCCAGAUGGGACCUAUGAUCCAGCGGUUCCAGACCGUUUGCCCAGACUGCAAUGGUGAGGGUGAGACCAUUCGGGAGCGCGACCGCUGCAAGCGCUGCAAUGGUAAGAAGACCGUUGUCGAGCGCAAGGUCCUCCACGUUCAUGUCGACAAGGGUGUCAAGAACGGCCACAAGAUCGAAUUCCGUGGGGAGGGUGACCAGAUGCCUGGCGUCAUGCCCGGAGAUGUGGUCUUCGAGAUUGAACAGAAGCCUCACCCCCGCUUCCAGCGUAAGGAAGACGACCUUUUCUAUCACGCUGAGAUCGAUCUUCUCACAGCUCUUGCUGGCGGUAACAUCAACAUUGAGCACCUCGAUGACCGCUGGUUGACUGUGAACAUCGCACCUGGCGAGGUUAUCACUCCUGGCGCUAUCAAGGUGAUCAAGGGUCAGGGUAUGCCGUCAUUCCGCCACCAUGACUUUGGCAACCUCUACAUUCAGUUUGACGUCAAGUUCCCCGAGAAGGAUCAGCUCAGCAACCUCAACCUUCUGGAACAGGUUCUGCCCCCUCGCAUGGAGCAGCCUCAGGCACCUGCCGAUUCCAUGGUGGAGGACUUCGAGCUGGAGGAUGUCGACUCUAGCGAGUACUCCCAGGCACGCGCCCACGGUGCUGGUUCUAUGGACGAGGAUGACGACGACGUUCCUCCUGGCGCUGAGAGAGUGCAGUGCGCGUCUCAGUAAAGAAGGGGGCCUUUUUCUGUGGUUGAUUAAGUUGCUGUGCUAGGGCAUUACUGAAAUCGCUUAUGAUACCAUGCGGGAGCUCAGCCCUGGUAUUGCUUGGUUCUUAAUUCUUUUGUUCGCUUGAUGAUUUACUCUGCAAUGGCGUUUUCUCGAAGACCCGGAAGAUGAUGCGGGAGAUUUCGUGUCGGUUCAUUUUACAUUCCCAUCAUCAAGCUUUGAUUCCCAUGCAUAAUAUUCUAUUUCUUGUUUGUCUGUUAUGGGGGAAUGGAGGGUAUGGUACCUGAUGAGAUGGACGAGAUCAUGGUAAACGAGUCAACAUUUCAUUUCUUCUUCCCUUUCCGCUCAUCGCUUCAGUUGACUCGGGAUGGGUUAUGGUGGGUCGAUUUAGGGGUUGAGCGUGUUUGAACAUUAUAGACUACAGCGUGGGUUUGGGUAUUGAAUAUUCCAUUUUAUCUGCCAAGUGUUUGUCU